CGCGCCACCCCACCAAGUCCGGCGCUGGUGUCGCCUGUCGGACCCUAUGGUCGUCAGUCGUAAGCUACCCUUGUAGGGAGAAGUGCGUUCUUUUCGUUUGGUUCCGAGACAGUCGAGUUUCCCGCUCUGAGCACAAAUCGUCUUAACGGGACAUUCAGACACACUAUGCGAGGAGGUAUCCAGCUGACCAUAGCUCUCGUGCUGACCGAACUGCUGAACCCAUCAUCUGCUAUCCGUUGUGACCGAACUCCCGAGGGCCAUGUCGCCCCCAAGAUACCUGCCGACAACCGGUUCCAGCUCAAGAUCAGCGGUUCGCCGGAGAAGUACGUGCCUGGUGAAGGAUACACAAUCAGCCUCCACGGACAGCGCAAUCACGGACAGGUGCCCCAGAAGUUCACGGGCUUUAUGUUGGUCGUGGAGCCGCAGAACCCCUCGCCACUGAGGAUACACUCUACCCGUGACGUCACACCUCGGCCUGUCGGCCUGUUCCAGCUGUACGGGGACACGCUCACCAAGUUCAGCCCCAACUGUCCCAAUAUGGUAACCCACACCAGCUCCAUGCCCAAGCCCGAGAUACAAGUACGCUGGACCGCUCCUCCUCCAGGCAGUGGAUGCGUCAUCUUCCGGGCGACUGUGAUAGAGCACCGAGAUGUGUGGUACCAGGACGACGGUCCUCUGUCGAAGAUGUUGUGUGAGGAGCAGCAGGAGAACCAGAACAUGCAGCCCGAAGUGAUGGAAUAUUGUUGUGCUUGCGACGAGGCCAAGUAUGAGGUGACUUUUGAAGGACUAUGGUCAAGACACACUCACCCCAAGGACUUCCCCAGUAACAGUUGGCUCACGAGAUUUAGUGACGUCAUAGGAGCUUCUCACUCAUUCAACUACAGGUUUUGGGAGUACGGAGGGACUGCCUCCAUAGGUCUGAAGCAUGUUGCAGAAAGAGGUUCUACUCGAAUGUUGGAAUCUGAGCUCAAAUCUGAAAGCAGUAACAUACGCACAAUUAUCAAAGCCAGAGGUAUCAGCUACCCAAAUGUGACAGGGAAGACGUUCGCAGUGUUCAGAGUGGACAAACAACAUCACCUCAUGUCACUUGUGUCGAUGAUAGACCCGUCUCCAGACUGGAUCGUGGGUGUAUCAGCUUUGGAGCUGUGCCUCACCAACUGCAGUUGGGUGGAGUCCAAGGUUCUUAACCUUUACCCCUGGGAUGCUGGCACUGACAGUGGAGUCACUUACAUUUCUCCAGAUCAGCAGACCUUCCCUCAGGACAAGAUUCGCCGAAUAACAUCUUCCUUCCCCAACGAUCCCCGCUCGCCUUUCUAUGAUUCUUCAGGUGCUGACAUGAAGCCUUUGGCCAGACUGUACCUCACAAGGCAGAGACUGUAUGAGAAAACUUGCGAGGAGGAGCCAAUUACACAGAUGGGGUGUGCUCUGUCUAACUGGUCGGGCUGGGGACCUUGCUCGGCCACUUGCGGUGCUGGACAGAUGUAUCGUCAGCGUCACUUCCUCCAUAGGGGUAACGCUCGCCACUGCCCCAAGAAAGUCAAACUAUCUGACACGAGACAUUGCAAUUCUCGCCAUUGCAGACCUACUUUAUACCCUACUCCAGAGCCGAUAGACUCCAACUGUGAGGUGCACGAGUGGACGGAUUGGUCGCGCUGUGAGUCUGUAGACCAGAGCUGCAGGCGGGGCACCCAGAAGCGCUACCGGCUCGUAGAGUCACGUGACAACUACAGAAGUAAGCUGUGUGUGCGUGUGCCUAAAGUUGAGGAACGGGAGUGUCGCCUCAGCUCUUCACCCUCGGUCUGCCCGAAGAACGCCCGAGGAAGAAAGAUAUACACAGACCCUCAGGGGUCCACUUGCUGUGAGCCAGAGGAGGGAGAUGAGGAAGGGGAUGACUAUGGGGUCGAGGAAGAGGAGGGCAACGAGAUCGAGUACAACGAGACCACAGGAGAUUACCCUGAGGGCGAGGGUGAUGGGGAUGAUUAUAAUGAGGAGCCAACGGGAGAGUGUGCGAUGACACAAUGGAGCGUGUGGAGUCCCUGCAGUGUAUCAUGUGGAGUGGGAGAGAGUCGACGGUCAAGACGGUUACUGAACCCCCCUGAGGAGGAUGGGCCGAGGGCUGAGUACCAGAGAGCUGAAGAGGAAGGUGACUACGGCAUGUAUGACGAGGACGAGGGCCCCCCACGUCUGGCGAGUACGCAGAGGGUCCCUGCUCCAUCUACAAAGUUCUCAACAAUUCAAACAAAGAAACAGUUUACACUGUCUCUGACCCCAUCACCAGAAAUCUGCGCUCUCCCUCCUCAUGAGGGCCGGUGCCCUGGACCCUUCCUGUCCCGCUGGUACUACAACCCCAAGCAGGAGGACUGUGCCCAGUUCCAGUGGUCCGGUUGUCGCGGCAACAAGAACCGGUUUCUCUCCAGGGAGGAGUGCCGCACUGCAUGUCAGGCCUACACCGCAACAGAGCCAGAUGAAGAGGUAACCACAGAAGACUUCACAACUCUCGAUCCUGAUUUACCCGUGAGAAACCAUAUGGUUGAUGGAGCAGAGAUGGAGGGCACGGAGAGGCCGGUGCGGAACUGUAAGUUCAGCCGAUGGUCUGAGUGGUCCGAGUGCGACGCUCCCUGCGGCCAGGAGGGCUUCAAAGUGCGCACUCGCUACAUACAGGUCCAUGCCAGGAACGGGGGACGAGACUGUACUGGCAAGACAAGGAAGCAGAAGAAAUGCGUACGCAAAUGUAAAUCCAACGAUGAAGAUGAGAGGCAGCACCCAAAAAGAGAAGAGCGCUGUGAGUAUUCCGAGUGGUCUGAGUGGACCGAGUGUACCGCCACAUGUGGCUACCACGCAAUGCGCCAGCGCACACGCCAGGUGAUAGGCGGCAGCCCCGCCGAGUGUCACGAGCGACUACACAAGAGAUUGUGCAAUGUCGGACCGUGUCCUCUCUAGUGGCAGCUAGUCUUCGCACUCGUAUCAACAACACCCUUCUAAAAUUAUGCUUCAUUACUUUUUGCUCAUUAUCAAACUUGCAUUGUAAUUCAAAUGGGGAUUUUCACAAUAAUUUCAUGCUUUGUAAUUCUAUAAACCAUUUUAGAGGUAACAUAUAUUAAUAUUUUGUUAUAAUUAGGCAUCAAUAUAAAUUAAUCUUUCAAAAGCUAUUUCAAAACCAAACUUUUACAACCAAACUUAAUUAUUUUUAAAUUUCAUUGAAGUAUAAUUUUAAAGGGUGGUUGGAAAAAUGUACUGAGUAGUCUAUAAUUUAAUCCAUAUAAUAACACUAUGAUUAACUACUUAUCAUUUAAGGUUUUUCAUGUACCUGUAAAAAUUAAAUAUUAUCGUUAAGUGAUUUAGUUAUUUAUUUUCAACAUUACUUUAUUUAUUUACCAUUUAAGCAGAAUUGAAUAUUUUAAUCUGUUGAUAUUGUUUAAAAAAAUCCAUUUGAAUAAUUAUAUUUUCUCGUUUUGAAAAACCAACAUAACAUCCCUUACACAUCUGACAAUGGAUGGUUCUAUUUAAUUUUCUUUAUUUUUGUAAAUAGCAUUACAAUAUCUAUUGAAGUGAACCUAUAGUGAUGUAAGACAAGGCACAAUAAUUCCAUGUGGUUAUCAGACUUACCUUUGAACAGAGGUGAAUAUAUUUUUGUCUCGUAGUAGGAGAGGGUCCCAUGUCAUUGUAUUGUAAACAGGAUUGUAUAAGUACUGUAAUUUUAAUACAAUUUGUGAUAAAAAAUGUUUGAACUGUAAA